AUGUGCUUCUACAAACCUUCGUCUCUGAAGCCCUGGGCCUUCAGUCCGUCGCAGGAAGUGGUUCCUCGUCCUCAGGUGGUCUUCCUUCAACCCGUCGUCCCGCAGAGACCCGCCCCGGUGCACAAGGGACCCCUGUCUAAACGCCGUCGGCACAGAAAGUACCUCCCUAUCCUCAAAUCCUACCCUAAAAUCGCUCCUCAUCCGGAGACGCGGCGCUGUGCAGUUACCAGCGCUCUUCCAGCGUCCGUCGAGUCACAUGCGGCCAAACACAGACCCGAAUCCUCAGACGGGACACUUAAUGCACACUCCUUUAAAUCAGACAAGAUCAAGCGCUUCUGCAACACGUACAACAUCCUCCGCAGGUCAGGGCUGCUGGACAUCACGCUGCGCACGAAAGAGCUGAUCCGGCAGAACCGGCGGACGCAGACGGAGCUGGAUCUCCUGCGAGAACACACCGACCUGUUCAUGCAAGCGCUGCAGACCGGAGACUCGUCCAUCUGGAGCCGGCUGAGGACGAACAUGCAAGAGGACGACCGAGGGAAGGACAGGACGCCGCCAGACCCAGAGAACAUGAAGUGACACCAAGACGAUAUUCAGACGAUAUGUGACCCCGGAGCACAAAACCAGACUAAAAGCUGAAUAGAUCAUCUCUCCAUUGAUGAGUGGUUUGUUCGGAGGAUUAAUACAAAUACAGUUUUCUUUCUCUUGUUUUAGAUUUGAAAUAUGACUGGCUCAUGUUCUGUGGGAUCCAUAUCUGUAUUUUGAGAACUAAUAAGGUGAAUUGUUUUUAUACUGUUUUGUUGAGGAGUGUUGGACGAGUGCUGUGAGUCUGUCAGAGAAGAACACAUCGUGUUUGUUUGUGAUGAUGAAUAAUGAAGAAUGCUCUCUGUGGUUAUCAGCUCUCAUCUGGCCUUACUCAGUGACGCUUCAUUCUUCAAACGUAGAGCUCAGGCUUUCUUUGGCAGCUUCUCAUUACCACUAGCUCCGAAAGCAUUGCUUUACUCCAGGAGCUUGUUCUGCACGUGUAGGUGCUCAGAUGAC